AAAAGUCCAUUCUUAGUAGCUUUGGUGCAUUAUGGCUAUAAACACUCAAGACUCAACUUGUCUCCCUCUGCAAGAAAAAAUAGUCCAUAACAACAAGACGGCUCGGGCCGUUGAGCUCGUAAUUCUUGCUUUUCUCGUCUCCAUGCUUAUUUAUCGGGUUGUUUCUUUCAAAGACCAAGAGCACUCUCUUCCAUGGUUCCUUGCUCUUCUGUGCGAGUUGUGGUUCACUUUUAUAUGGAUUCUUACUGUGUGUAUCAAAUGGAAUCAAUGCUCCACAAAAACAUACCCUGAUCGACUCUUGAAAAGGCUAAACGAAUUUGAGUUUCCGACAAUAGAUAUCUUUGUCACCACUGCAGAUCCUAUCCUAGAACCAUGCAUCAUAACAAUGAACACCAUAUUAUCAUUGUUGGCGGUAGAUUAUCCGGCAGACAAGCUAGCUCUUUAUCUUUCUGAUGACGCGUGCUCACCACUUAUAUAUUAUUCACUUGUUGAGACCACGAUGUUUGCAAAACUUUGGGUACCCUUUUGCAAAAAGUAUAAUAUCCAAGUUAGAGCCCCGUUUCGAUACUUCACUUCCAAGUCCAGCCGAUUUAAAGAUGUUUCUUUAGAGUUCCAACAUGAAUGGAAAACCAUGAAGAACGAAUAUGACGAUCUUUACAACAAGAUAGAGGUUGCAUCUCAGAGGCCAUUCACAUUCACAUGUGAUCAUAAUUCGGAUUUUGCGGAUUUCUGUGAUGUUAACCGGUCAGACCAUCUAGCUAUCAUCAAGGUUAUAUCAGAGAGCACAGGACUACCCCAUGUAAUAUAUAUAUCAAGAGAGAAAAACUCCCAACAUCAUCAUCAUUAUAAAGCAGGAGCUAUGAACGUUUUGACUAGAGUAUCGGGAGUAAUGACAAAUGCACCCCUGAUGCUGAAUGUAGAUUGUGAUAUGUAUGCAAACAAUCCUCAAGUUUUUCUUCAUGCAAUGUGCAUUGUAUUUGGUCACAAGAAUGAUCAAGAUUGGGGUUUUUUUGAAUUCCCUCAAGCUUUUUAUGAUGGAUUAAAGGACGACCCGUUCGGGAAUCAGCUCGAUAAUCUUUAUUAUGUCGAAAAUGGAAUAGCAGCACUUCAAGGACCUUUCUAUGGAGGGUCUAAUUGUUUUCAUAGACGAAAGGUUAUCUAUGGUUUAUCUCCGAAUGAUAAGAUAAAAAACGGAAGUAUAGGAAAUGAAGAUCUACAUAAAGUCUUUGGAAACUCACAUGAAAUGAGAGAAUCAGCAGCUCAGAUAUUAUCAGGAUCAAACGCAAAAAUAGAAAAUCAAAAGAGUCUGUCUAGUUUAAUCGAGGCAGCAAUCCAUGUUGCAGGUUGUACCUACGACUAUGGUACAGAUUGGGGCAAAAAGGUUGGUUGGCUUUAUGGAUCUGUGGCAGAAGAUAUUCUUACAGGACUCAACAUCCAUGGUAGAGGAUGGAAAUCUGUUGUUUGCUCACCGGACCCACUUGCUUUUCUUGGUUGUGCACCGCCAACACUUGUGAGUUCAUUGACCCAACAAAAGAGAUGGGCCGAUGGGGUUCUUGAGAUCUUAUUCUCCGAUAAAAACCCAUUACUUCUUACUAUAAAGGGAAACCUUUGGUUUCGACAAGCCCUUGCUUACUAUUGGAUAUGUUUAUGGGGACCUCGAUCCAUUCCAGAAUUAUGUUACGCAUCUCUUCCUGCAUAUUGUAUCAUCACGGGCUCUAAUUUUUUGCCCAAAAUUAACGAGCGACCUAUUAUUAUACAAGUGGGUAUUUUCAUCAUAUACAAUGCUUAUUUCUUCUGGGAGUGUAAGCGUCAAGGUAUGUCACUACGUAUGUGGUGGAAUUUACAGAAAAUGGGGAGAGUGACUAGUAUGACAGCAUGGUUAUUCGGGUUUCUAAAUGUGAUGCUAAAGCUUGUGGGUUUAUCAAAAUCAGUCUUUGAAAUAACACAAAAGGAAUACAAGUCAAUAGAUGGUGAUGAUGAUAAAAAUGUUGGUAGGUUUACUUAUAACACAUCACCAAUGAUUAUACCAGGUGUUUUCAUUCUAUUUGUCAACAUGAUUGCGUUGGUCAACGGUGUGUUAAGAUUAUUAAAGGUGGACUACAAUGAUAUAUGGAUGGAGGUAUUAGGUUUAGGGUUAGGAGAGAUGUUUUGUAGUGUUUGGGUGAUGGUAUGCUUUUGGGAGUUUUUGAAAGGGUUGUUUGGGAACGGGAAAUAUGGGAUUCCAUACCCAUCUAUUUGGAAAUCAGGAGUUUUGGCUUUCUUCUUUGUGCACUUAUGUAGAAGUUUUUCUUAACCGUUUUGGAUAAGAUGAUAUAUGAUUUACAUAUGAAGAUUGUAGUUCUUGAAGCUAAAUAGAACAUUUUUAUUAUAUAUAGAAAGCUAAGUAUCGACGAAUCAUGGACUAGAAUCGGUAAUAGACAUGUUGUGAAGUGUAAGUGAAAUUGUUUUAUCAAGGAAGGGAAGAAGAAUAGUGCAUGCAAUUUUAGUGGAGGAAAUAAAGGAACAAGUUUUUAAAUGGAUGAAAAAUCGAUCCAAAAGCUUUAAUACAAUGUGGGAGAAGGGGAGGAAAUUCGAUGGAAUUGAUUGACGACUCGAUUUAUCGUGGGGUGAUUGUAGUUUUAUUGUUUUUGUUUCCCUUUUCUCUUUUUAUGUGUGUGCAUUUCACAGCUUCUUGCUGCGUUUGGGUUUGAUAAUAAAGCGUUUAUGCUGUCAUUCAAAAAAACUAUAUUUUACUUUAA